AUGGUUGAUAAGCUGACUCCAGACCAAAUUGAUCAAUGCCGAAGGCUAUUCGAUAUUUUCGACAUCAAUAAAGAUAGAAGCAUAUCCGCAAAAGAAGUAGGAAAAGUAAUGAGGUCUUUAAAUUUGAACCCUUCAAACGCUGAAGUAGACGCUAUGAUCCGUCGAGCUGAUUCUAGAGGAACUGGCAGGAUUGAAUUUAAUGAGUUCUUGCAUAUGUAUGCUGAAAAAAUAAGGGAGCCUAUUACUAGAGAAGAUGUGAUCAGAUAUUUCCAAAUGUUCGAUAGAAAUGGUGAUGGGAGAAUUGACCCAAAAGAAUUCAAACAAGUGAUGACGACCAUGGGAGAACCGUUAACUAACGACGAAAUUGAUUUUAUUAUUUCAGAAGCUGAUAAAGAUCUCAAUGGGUAUAUCGAUUACAAAGAAUUCUCUGAAAUGCUUUUAGAAAAAAUUAUUUAA